UAUUGAGUCAAGACAUAACUAAAGAACCAUGGCCAAGCCAAGUACCUCUGAGAUAGACGAAGCCGCGGUAUUAAGGCGGUCUUCUCGACAAAAGGCUAGCACUUCAUAUAUUGAAUCUGACAGUGAUGAAGAGGAAGAGGAAGAAGAAGAAUAUGUAGAAAGCAGGCCAUUGAAGAGAAAAGCUCCAACUUCCAGGAAAGCAGGACCAAAAAAGAACAGAAAAACGGCAAAGGCUAUUAGUAGACUCGUGAAUGCAACUUUUGAAGAAAAUUACCUCUACGAAGCACUCUCACACCCAGAGACUGCCAUCCUGGAACUUGCCCUUGAAUGGGUCGAAGCAUAUGAAAAUGAUUCAGUGAAUGCCAUUACCACAUUAGUCAAUCUCAUGCUCAGAUGCUGCGGAUGUAUUCAUUUACUUCAACCACAUGAUCUAGCAAACCUUGAAUCAUCUGCCGAUACGGUAGCUGAAGUUCAAAUUGCGUAUGAACUGCAAAAAAGUCAUGAAUAUCCUUUCAUUUCCAAUAACAAAGAUCUUAAAUUCUUUAGAAGAAAUGUAAUAGAUUUCUUUGGAGAGAUUAUAACUUUAGCUCAUGAGAAAUCUUUAUUGUUUAAAGGCGAACAAAAUGAUGAAGAUGAGGAUGAAGAAGAUUCUCUCAGUUCUCCAAUUAUGACUCAAAUCCUUACUUGGUUUUCGUCUUUCAGUACAUCUACAACAAGACCUUUAAGGUUCACAUCCACCAUUAUCAUACUUUCGAUUCAAACAAAAUUAUGUGAGAUAAUGGUAUCUGUAGUCUCCAACAUGGAAAGAAGUCAGAGACAGUUAGAAAAUGUUAAAACUAAUAAAAAAUCAAAGGCAUAUCAAAAGAAAGUGGAUACAGUUACACAAGCUGUGAAAACUUAUCAUAUUCAAAUGGAAACUAUUCGUGAAUAUUUCACAGAUAUACUUGAAAUUACCUUUUCUCAUAGAUAUCGUGAUAUUGAUCCAUUAAUCAGACAAGAAUGUUUAAAACAAUUGGGGGAGUGGAUGUUAUUGUAUCCAGAAUUUUUCUUCCAGUCUUCUAACCUUCGUUAUUUUGGCUGGUUACUUUCAGAUCCAUCUAAUCAUGUACGGUCUGAAGCCUCAAGAGUUCUUCUUAAACUCUAUCGAUCAUCGCAUGGGAGCCUGAAUAUGAGCGUUGGCUUUAGACAAUUUACCGAUAGAUUUAAGAAACAGAUUAUCGCAAUUUCUUCAAAAGAUACGGAUUUUGGCGUUAGAUUGAAUUUGGUUAGUUGCUUAGUUGAGCUUCAAAAAAUAGGAUUUCUUGAUGAUGUGGAAAAGUUAGAUAUAAGUCUGCAAUUCUUUACUAUAUUGGCUACUCAAGGCAAGAAUCAUGGUAGUUAUGAGAAAAUUAAAUUAGAAUUGGCUAAAUUUAUUGCACUUCAAAAUUCUGAUGCAGUAAAAAGGUACCAAGAAAAGUAUUCAAUUUUAUUAUCUGUACAAGACAAUUCUACAGGCGGAGUAAAUGAAGAAGAAGACGAAAAUCAUGCUGCUGUUUCAGAAGAACAUACCCAUGUUCGAUUAGAAUCGUGUUUUAAGUACAAAUCAUUGGCAAAUUUCAUUCAACAAGUGAAAACACAUUACCUUUCAAAGAAACGAGGCAACGUGGUUGAUUCCUCUGCUAUAUGUGUGAUAUAUGCAUCAAUUGCACAAUUGCCUACGUUCACACAUUCAUGGGAAUUUCUUGUUAACUACUUCUUGUAUGACAUGUCGGCUAUAUCUAGUAAAGAUGGCGAAAAUGCCGAAUUGAAUGAAGUGAAAGAAAUUUUAGAAUUAAAUUCUAAUGAAGAUAAAUACUAUAUUCUAAGCUUCAUAGUGGGUGCAUUAACUUACACUUUACAAACUAGCAAAUUGAAAAGAAAAGAUCCAUCGACUAUCCAAGAAAGCUCUGAAUCUGUUCUUUUAAAAUUGUCCAAUUUUUUGACAUCCAUUCAAUCAAUUCUGAUGAAAUCUAAUCAACUUAUAGAAGUUUUUAUGAAAUUAUGGAAUUUAUUGUUGACUGAGUCUCCUCACACUUCAGAAAAUAUUUAUUCGACCUAUAAAAGUCUUGAUCAACUCGAAGUCUUUAACAAUCUUGUUGAUACUUUAUUGAAGUACUAUCAAAACUAUGAACCAAACGUUAUACAAGAUCCAAUUUUAAGAGACUUCGAUGGAUUCCUUGAAAAACUUCUUGGUGAUUAUAACAACAGUAUAUCUCGCACAGAUCAAGCAAAUAUUACUAAUUCGGUCUCAUUAACAAAUACUGAAAUUAGGAUGAAGGUGCAAGAUUUGUUACUGGAAUUGGUUGCUGAAGUUAAAGAUUCAUUGAAACUGACAUCACUUAUAGAUAUAGAAAAUUCGGUUGGAUAUAUUGAAUGCCUUAGAAUACUAACAAAUGUAUCACGUCCCAUUUUAAAAUUGAAUAAAUUGGGAGAAUUUAUUAACGUUAAUGAAUUUUUGAAAGAGCUGACAUUCACCACUGGCUCAUUACUUUCAAAAUUAUUUAAUGGGUGGAACCUCGAUCAAUACGUAAGAGAAUAUCCUAACAAAUUUUUAUCAGAUAGUGAACAAUUCACAAGUUUGUUCAAGAUAGUUUUGGAUUUCUCUUUAAUGACAAACUCAUGGAAGUUGGAAGAAUUAAUGUACGUCCCAGCUACUGAAACCGGACAUCAAUUAUAUGAUAUGGAAAUUGUGUUUGAAGAUUUGCAACAAAUUUUCUAUCAAAUUACAGGUAUUUUUGUAUCAACUUUCAAAGUUCAAUUAAAUGAAAGAACUAAUAUCUCAAGUAUGCGGAUAUUACGUACAUUAAAUAAUUUGCAAACUUUGUUUGGGGCCAAAUACAUAGAUUUGGCCGUUUCCAUGAAAAUAUUUUACACCAAGUACAAUAGAAAAGACCACUUUAAAAACUUUGAGUCAUUCUUUAGUGGGAAUAAUAAGGCUGCCAACUACUUUUUGAAAAAGAUACCAUUUGAAAUUGAACAGCGCCUUUUAGAAAUCUUUUUGUAUAAAGAAGCUGUUCUAGCUGGACUAGUUGAAGUGGAUCUUGACAGAAAUGACGAAGAGGAUGUCAAUUUUGGGGACUUCGAUAUUGAUGAUAUGAAUGAUAACAGUGAAGUAGAAAUUAAUGAAAGUAGAUUCGAUGAUGACGAAGAUGAAGAUGAUGAUGAUGAUGCUGAUAACUUAAGCGCUGAAGGAAGUUCUCAGAGAGAAUAUUUAUCCAACUCUAGAAAAAAGGCUAAUGAACUUACUGUCCAAGCUAAGAGGCAAGAACGAAUUUGGCAAGCCGAAAAGGAUAUUUGUGUAUUCACAAUGAAGCUUUUUGCACUCAUCAACUUGUCCAUGGUUGACGAGCAACUCGUGAAAAGAUUAAACUUGAAUAGUGUUGCACUUGGUGGGUUGUUCUAUAAGAUUAUCAAACUGAAUGAGGUGAGAAUUGGCACAAAUAUUUCGAAAGAAACUCACAAUUCUCCAACUCCAAUUCCUUCUGUUGAAGAAGAUCCUAGAGUCGAUUCACAGGAGAGUAUUGGAAAUCUGACCAGAAUUGAAGAACCAGAGGAAUUGGUUGAAAAUUCAGAUGGGGAAUAGCUAAAUCUACAUAGAAGUUAUAAUUUGUAAAUAAGGGUGUUCAUGAAUAUAUAAAUUGUUUCUUUAAUAU